GCGCGCGCUGGCUGAGCGGAAGUGACGCAUGAGCCGGCUGGAAGAAAAGACAGACGUUCGCACAUAAGCGAUCGCAGAAAAGUCCAAUAAAGGAACACACACUGCAUGUGUGUGCGCCACAGACUCCUGCAGGUCGUUCAGAAUUGCAGCUGACUGAGGAACAGGAGGAUGGCGAGGAAGAGCAGUUAUAAAGAUGUGUCAGGAGUCGUGUUCGACACGCACUCAAAAAUGGUGAUGUCUCAAGGAGGAUCUUUUGAGAAGAUGAAAGAAAAGAUAAACGCUGUGCGAGCUGUGGUUCCCAAUAAGAGCAAUAAUGAGAUCGCUCUGGUGCUGCAGCACUUCGAGAACUGCGUGGAUCGAGCGGUGCAGGCGUUUGUUGAAGGUAGUGCCGUGGAGAUCCUGAAGGAGUGGAAUACCACUGGGAAAAAGAAGCCCAAGAAGAAGAAGAAGCCGAAAGCCCAGAGCGACGUUCCCGCAGACGCGACCCCAGCCGAAUCUCCCCCAGACGCCGAGUGUCCGGAGGCUGUGAACGGCUUCCACGCCAACGGUUCUCCAGCAGCCGAGUGCGAGUCCCUGGACUCUCUGAGUGAGCAGCUGGACUGCGUUUCUCUGGACGCAGCGGAGCUCGACCCGGAGCCUGCCGUCCCGGAGGGUUCAGAGGCCACAGGUGGAGAGGUCACGUCCUCUUCAAGCCCUGGCACCACUGACGGCCCGCGGCACAACCAUCACGCUUUCCGUAGUAACAAGUCUCAGUCCAAGCCGGUUUCCAGCUCCCAGAAUCCCUCGAUGCCCGUUCCUUUCGAAGACGCUUGGCGAGGAUCAGCUACCAAGAAGAUCGCUGGGCCGAACGUGGAUCGCUCCGUGAAGGACCUGCAGAGAUGCGCGGCGUCACUGUCUCGCUACAGAGUCGUGGUGAAGGACGAGAUGGACUUCUCCAUCAAGAGAAUGAAGCAGACGUUUGCUGAGCUGCAGAGCUGUCUCAUGGAUCGAGAGGUGGCGCUUCUCGGCGAGAUGGACAAAGUCAAAGCAGAAGCCAUGGCGAUUCUGGACGGGCGUCAGAAGAGAGCAGAGGCGCUGAAGAGACUGGCUGACCAAUCAGCAUCACUGACUGAAGAACAGUUGACUGAACUACGAGCUGACAUUAAGCACUUUGUCAGUGAGCGCAAGUAUGACGAGGAUCUUGGGAAAGCUGUGAAAUUUUCCCAUGAUCUGGAGCCUCUGAAGUGCAGCAUCAUGGCGUUCGGAUCAGUGUAUCAUCCUCAGACGAGCUACUCCAGCCGUUCUCGCUGUAGCUCCUCCUCUUCCGUCACAAGCUCAGUUCCUGUCCAAGCUCCGCCCCCCUCUGAGCCUCAGGCCCCCUCGUACACGGGCCGCCCCGGUGGACCCCACAAACAGAUUUUCCAGGGCAACAGGCGCUACAUUCACGGUUACCAGGGAAACCAGCGUUAUAAUGGAAACGCCCAUCCUGAGCGAAACCCUGGCCGAAGCAACUACCGUAACCAGGGAGAGCGCAGUUACCAGAGUGACAUCACAUCCCAGCCGGCCAAUAGGGCGAGACCCCAGAGUGACAUCACAUCCCAGCCGGCCAAUAGGGCGAGACCCCAGAGUGACCUCAGAUCCCAGCCAGCCAAUAGUGUGCGAGGCUCCGCCCACUCCUCAGGCUAUCGCUCUGAUCGCCCCGCCCACAACGGGCUACCACAGAGGCAACCGCGGACGCCCUGCCCAUGAUGCGCGCACACACACACACACACACACACACACACACACACACACACACACACAUCGGUCUGAUGAAGAGAAAUAUCAAGUUUACAUCCGAGUUGAGCUGCGGCCGACUCCUGCUCUUCAUGCUUCUCUCGCUCCUCUUCUCCUCCUGUCUGUCUGAGCUGCUCACACUCGAGUCCGUGUUCGUCUCAGUAGUUCCUGUGAGUGUUUCUCGUGGGCUUCCUCGUUCAUAUCGUCCGUGUCGAGGAAAGAGUUUUCGGCACGUUUGUUAUUCACACACCAGAUGAUCAACACUAAGAUGGCAGGCUGAGUUUGUCCCGAAGCUCGUUUAGUGGGCUGAGCGUAGAUUGGGCCAGUUAGAGUUAGAGAUGUUCGUCCACAGUGACGCUCUCACGAUAUACCUCACACACACACACACACACAUCUGCUCCUCCUCCUCACACACACACACACUGCUCCUCCUCCUCUCACACA